GUUCCGUUGCAGGAUUUGACAGCAGGUCCGUUUUUACCUCUUUGCUUUUAUUCCACCCUGCCUCGCUCUUUCUUUCUCUAUUUAAUACGCCUUUAGCCUGCCGUGUGUGUGCACGUAUUUAUUUAUUUAUGCAUCUUAUUUGAAAGUAAUUAGUGUUUUUACCUUUUAGUCGUUCCUCAAAUGAGAAGGCGUAAAAGAUGGAGCUUCAUAUUUUAGAACACAGCUUGAAAGUGGCGAGUAUAGAAAAAGAGGGGAUCCAGAUUUGCACUCACGGAUUAAUAAAACUCGCUUUCUUGGCUUCCAAAACAAGAUGCAAGUUUUUCAGUUUGACAGAGACUCCGGAGGACUACACCAUAAUUGUCGAUGAGGAAGGCUUUAAAGAGCUGCCCCAGUCAGAGCACAUCAGUGUUGCUGAUGCCACAUGGUUGGCCCUUAACGUGGUGUCAGGGGGCGGCAACGCCUCCAACUCGCAACCCAUCGGAGUCACCAAAAUCGCUAAAUCAGUCAUUGCCCCGCUGGCCGACCACAACAUCUCUGUUUUCAUGCUGUCAACAUAUCAGACAGACUUCAUUUUGGUACGAGAGCGAGAUCUGCCGAUGGUCAUGCACACGCUGUCUUCCGAAUUCACUUUGCUCCGGGUGGUCAACGGAGAGACUUUUGCUGCUCACGAUCUGGGAGUCACCAAUGGCUUUGUAAAGCCUAAACUCGUGCCCCGUCCCAUCAUUCACCCCUUAUCUAGUCCCAGCAACAUGUUCUGUGUGACCAGCCUGGACCCAGACACACUGCCCUCUGUAGCCACCCUGCUCAUGGAUGUCAUGUUUUACUCUGGAGGUCCAAAGGAGAGCGGAGCAUCCAGCGAGGACUCCAGCCACAUCCGCUUCUUCUCCUUCUCCCUGAUCGAGGGCUACAUCUCUCUGGUCAUGGACGAACAGACAACUCAAAGGUUUCCAAACAAUGUUCUCUUCACCAGUGCUUCUGGUGAGCUUUGGAAAAUGGUUCGCAUCGGGGGACAGCCUUUAGGAUUUGAUGAGUGCGGAAUCGUGGCUCAAAUAUCAGAACCCCUGGCAACGGCUGACAUUCCAGCUUACUACAUUAGUACCUUCAAGUUUGACCACGCCCUGGUUCCCGAAGAAAACAUCCAAAGUGUGAUCGGAGCUCUGCGGACCAAGAGCACGGCACAGUGAAGGAAAAACGAUGAUUGGUUUUCAAAGUAAUUUCAAAGUAACGUUUAUCAUGUCCAAAAAGUGCCAAGAGCUUAUUAGCGGACUACUGCGGAUCGGCUCUGAAAGGAAGGGUUGUAACCGCGAAGUGUGGGUGGGGAGUGUGACGUUGGGUUAGGGAUGCCUUUGUUACUCGUUCAUUUUCUUUACCCCCACCCCUCCUUGGCACUCGAGGCCCUCCACUGCCUGCUCUGGUAGUUGUUGCUUUAGUUUUAUCCGACUGCUUCCCCCCCCCCCCUUUCUAAAAGCUGCUUCUUCCCACUCCCUGACCCUCAUGAGCACCAUACUGUAUUAGUUACAUAAUUCCUCUCAUGGAAGGAUGACGAAUGUACUCUCAAAAACAAAAGAAAUAUUAUAUCAAACUCUCCAUAUUUUUUUGGUUUUGUUUUCCACAGGUAAUGUCUCAGUGCCAAGAUGUUUGAAUGCCUAAACCGAUGCCUUUGUCAAAAAUACUAUACAUGUGUGCAAUUGUAGGAGACAAUUUUUGAGACAGCCAAUGAUGACAUAGCCCCUGGUUGAAUAAUAUGGUGUGUGUGUGUUUUUGUGGUGCUUUUAGUAGCUGUUGAACAUCUUUUAUUCACAGCAAUGACCUGACUGUUGGAGUCCAUUGUUAAAUUCAGAUGCUUGGUCUGGUGGAACAUGAAGUAAAUCCAAGAUCAUGAUGAGGAAAUUGUAAUUUUAGUGUUUUAAAAACUAAUAAGAAUUCACACUGUGAGCAACCAGGUGGUGAUGGGUCACUUAAAAUUAGCAGAUCUUAUCUAUAAAUGUAAGUGUUUUUUUUUUUUUAUAGAUUCUGUGGCUAGCAACCACAAUUUAUGUGGCAUUAAUCAUAGACUUCAGAGAGCAUAUAAAUUGGGAUUAAUUUAUUCAUUUAUUAUUUCAUCUAAAAAAGAUAGAGGGAUAGUUUGGAUCUUUUAAUUGGGGUUGUAUGAUGUACUUAUCACCUACAGUAAAUGGCGGUCGGCACGGCCGCAGUUUGGAGAAGCAGACAGGAGUACGGACACUGAAUAUAAGCAAUGUACUGCUGUGGACGGAGGCAGCAGCUAAACGUAUUUUAGCCAACUUAAAAAGGUCUACCAAAAGAAAUCAAUAUCAGUUUAAGUGUACACUAUAUUUAGAAUAUUUCACAGCUUUGCCUUGCCAUUAGACAGCCCUUACCGAACAGGAACUGAAAACGUUACCUAUGCUCUCUCUUCAAAGCCACUAGACUCCUUUUGAUAAUAAAAAAAAAAGUAAUUGCCUAGACCGGUUAGUUAGUGUUAUUGUGUGAUAUUGGUGUUUCAAGGGUUAGGAACUAACUAGUCUCGCACUGCCAGACGUUCCUCCACAGUGCUGCGGAGGAGGGUCUGGCUAGUCCACACAGCAUUCCCGGGAUGGGAGAAAAACGUGCUCUGGUUUAUUGGCAUUUCUUAAACCAAUCACAAUCG